CUGCAGGAGAGUACAGUAGAAGCAGGAGGAGGAGGAGGAGAGCCGAGUUCACUAUUUUAUUCACUUUAUUUGUUUUUUCCUCUGUUCCUGUUUAUUAUCUGAGUUAUGAGACCCGCCGGGUUCGUCUUCAAGCGGCUGCGCUUCGCUCCGCCCCGCCUGCAGCACCGCGGUGUGUGUGACGUGGCCGUGGUGGGAGGAGGAAUCGUGGGCCUGGCUUCAGCGAGAGAGCUCAUCCUCAGACACCCCAACCUCACCUUCACCCUGCUGGAGAAGGAGAAGGAGCUCGCUCUCCAUCAGACGGGCCAUAACAGUGGUGUGAUCCACAGUGGGAUCUACUACACGCCGGGUUCUCUGAAAGCUCGUCUCUGUGUGAAGGGAGCAUCUCUGGCUUAUUCGUACUGUGACAGCAAAGGCAUCCCCUACAGGAGAUGUGGCAAACUGAUUGUGGCGGUGGAGAGGGAGGAGGUCCCGCGUUUGAGGGCGCUGUACGAGCGCGGACUGAAAAACAACGUGAAAGAACUGCGGCUGAUCGACGCCAGAGCCAUCCGAGAGAGAGAGCCCUACUGCAGGGGGAUAAUGGCGCUGGACUCGCCCUACACUGGAAUCGUGGACUGGCGUUUGGUGGCUCUAACGUACGGGAAAGACUUCCAGCAGGCCGGAGGCUCCAUAGUAACGGGGUUCGAGGUUUCGGAUAUUACCAUGGCAACAGAGAGUCCAGCUGGGAGCUCUGAGGGUUUAAAGUACCCAGUCGUUAUCAGGAACUCAGAGGGUGAGGAGGUGCGGUGCCGUUACGUGCUGACCUGCGGCGGUUUGUACUCUGACCGUCUCUCAGAGAUUUCAGGCUGCAGCGCAGAACCGCGCAUUGUUCCCUUCAGAGGAGAUUACCUGGUGCUGAAACCAGAGAAAAACUACCUCAUCAGGGGAAACAUCUACCCUGUUCCAGAUCCGCGGUUUCCGUUCCUGGGUGUGCACUUUACCCCCCGUGUGGACGGCAGUGUGUGGGUGGGGCCGAACGCUGUGCUGGCCUUUAAGCGGGAGGGAUACAACCUCUACGACUUCAACGCUAAAGACUUCACAGACGCUCUGUCCUUCAGAGGUUUACAGAAGCUGGUGCUGAAGAACCUGGUGUACGGAGUAGCUGAAACAUACAGGGGAGUGUUCCUCAGUGCUCAGGUGAAGAUCCUGCAGAAAUACAUACCUGAACUCAGCCGCAGUGACAUCGUCAGGGGUCCGUCUGGAGUGAGGGCGCAGGCUCUGGACCCCGAGGGGAACCUGGUGGAUGAUUUUGUUUUCGAUGGUGGUGUGGGGGAGCUCGGCAGUCGAGUGCUGCAUGUCCGCAAUGCGCCGUCGCCGGCUGCAACCUCCUCCCUCGCCAUCGCCGAGAUGAUCGCAGACGAGCUGGAGGCGCGCUUCAGCCUGUAGACACACAGGGGGAACAGACCGGGACAGAAACCGGGAGGCUCAGAGCUGACCAGAGCUGACCAGAGCUACCCAGAGCUGACCAGAUCUGACCAUGUUCAGUAUAACGUUCUGCACACUGAGAUAACAGCUGUCCUUUAACACAGCAGCUAACAGUGCUGCUCUGAACGAACUUAAAGCGAUAGUUUGGUGAAAAAUCGUGUUUACACAAUUAACAGUCAUACAGUGUCAGAAACCACAUAAUCAACUCCGUUAGAGAUUACGUGGAGUUAGCACAGGGCUAAUUGGUGGGGUAAAAGCAUCCAUUAGCUGUGAGCUACAUGCAUACAAAAGAAGGUUCUUCAAGGGUUCUUUAGUAAAGACACUGGGCCUCGUUCACCAACUGUUCUUAAGUAGAAAUUUCUUCUUAAACCCACUUACGCAGUUUUGACAAAGACUCUGACUCACCAGUGUCUCUUAUGUGGGGUUUGUUCUUAGGUAAGAACAGAAUCUACACACUCAAGAACACAAAGGAGAGAACAGUUCUGCGCUUUAAGAACACAUCAUGAAUCUGACGGAGACUUUUUCUUAAGACCUUUCUCAAGAACACACUUAAGAACAGACUUAGGAGGAUAUCGGAGAAUGAGGCGCAAUGGUUCUAUAAGUAUUUAAUGGUGAAGUGGUUCUUCAGAUUGAUCAAGAAUGUGUUGUAUAUGGUUCUAUAUAGUGCCAAAAAGGUUCUAUUUGUUACAAACCUGGAAUCGUAACAAUAGCAGAACACUUUUUGGCGCUGUUUAGAACCCUUUUCAAAAAGGUUCAGAAUAACUAUAUACAGCACGUUGUCCAUCAAUUUGAUAGAACCAUGCAAAGAACCAUUUAAGCAUGCAAGUGGUUCUUUGAGUGUUCAUAGUUCUAUGUAAUGCCGUUCUCUUUACUAAAGAACCCUUGAAGAACCAUCUUGUGUACCUUAGCCUCGUAGCUGCUGUGCUAAAACUAAAGAAGCAGCAGAAGUGUCCGAGCUAAUCAACCUUAUUUGUGAUCAUUUGGGGUAAAACUAUGUAAAUUGAAUUGUUGGCCAAACUAUCGCUUUAAAGUCCAACAGCACCUUCAAACGUGCACUAUUUUAUAAACAUUUAUUCUGUCAAACUGCCUUUUUUACACAGCACGCCGCUAAGAUUGAUUAUUGACAUUUUUCAGGCUCAUUAAUUAUCAUUAUCUUAUUGACCAGUGUUAAACUAUAAUGUUCAUGAUAUCGUAAUGCACAAGAAUAUUAGGCCUCGGUUUGGAAACUUAAGCAUUAUUUUCUGAAAUAAAUGACGGUGUGAGAGUUUUUUCCUAAGCUGAAGCAGGAUGUGAGAGCUGGGGUGUUGCUGUUUUAAUUCCUUUAUUUUGUAAUUACAUUUUCUUAAUUUGUGUCAAUAGAUGAGUAUUUUGUCAAUAAAAUAUCCACAAGAGGGAAAUUCA